AUGGAUACCGAAGACAGUGAUGUGAGCAAUGAGUCACUUGGUAGUCACUUGGAAGAAGAUUUUGGUCCAGAACAAUCAGGGUUAUUGUCUAACGAAAACUCAUCUCACAUGGCAAGCAGUCCCGGAAAGCAGGAUUCGAAAUUACCAUUUGGGGGCGAUAUUCCACGUCUGAGUGUUUCUAUGACACCCUGGCGCACUUCUGGACCCAAAGAGCAUAGUUUCGAUACCUUGCAUCACAGCUAUGUCGAUUCAAACCGUGGCUCAGAACCUCCACAUCCGCUGCCAACACUUGACGCAUCGCCGCUCAAUUCAAGGCCCCGCACCCGUAAUUCUCUGUUUUCUGAGUAUGGCUUGUCCAGUACGGCUACCGCAUCCGCAUCAGCCUCUUCCUCUGCGGAAAUUGAGAACUUGCAGCGACAAUUGACGACAUAUAAACUCAAAUUACGCAUACUCACAGAAUUACUACGAGAAAUCAACUAUACUCGAGACGGUAGCGCAGAAGACGGCAUAACUCGAAACCAGACUUAUGCAAAGCUCAUUGAAAAGCUUCCUGGUCCCGAUAAGGCAGGGGAUAUACCUAAAGAGCUAAAUGAGCUACGACAGACGCUAGACAUGAAAAACAAAGAGCUUAUAGAGCUCAAACAAGAACUCGUGUCAAGUAAUGAGGAGUACCGCACGGCUUUGAACGACAUUAACUCGUACCUUGAGCAUUCUGAUGUGAUUGCUGGCAACAUUGACGAACUCUUGGGCUUGUUUUCCGCGAACCUGACACUCUCACCGGAAGAAACUGACGCGCUGGAAAAGGCGCGUGGCAUAUCCAAUAACUUCGUGGAUCUCAAAAUAAAUGCUCUGGCCUCCACCAUACGGAGAUUCUUGAGUAUAUACUCUUCCUCGCAGAACCAGGAAACUCAAGAUUUUACGAAUUCUACCACGUAUGAAGAAAACCUUGCCACUUCUCACUUUUUGGAUCCUCGACUGGAGGGCGCAAUAGAAACGAUGCAUGAAGAAUACAAUGGCUUUUUGAGAAGCUUGCAGGACAAAAUGAUGCAUUGCGCAGAAACGGAGAGAAUUCUCGAGCAAAAGCUUGACAAACAAAAAGAUCUUUUGGCCGAAUUUGCCACGUUCUAUGACAACAGGGCCCCCAGAGAUAAUGAAGAUGAACGAUUGCAUAGAAACGAGGGUGAUGAUCAUUUAGCAACUACUGCCUUGGAUGUCAAUCCGCAGUCAUCAACCAAUGUGGAUUACUCGGGCAGUGACGUGGUGAAAGACAGACGAAGCGCAGAACACCAGGUUUCCAACAGCGAAAAUGAGAUUGAUGGAAAGUUCGCAAAGUCUUUCGAUCUUGAAGGAAGCUUGACGAAUGAAGUGGCAUUCAAUAAGUGGUUGGACGAAAAGCAACGUCUCAUGAGCCAGCUCUCGGCUGCUGACACUGAAAUUCGGCUACUCACGACGGAGGUAGAAUCACUCAAGUCGGAAAAUUCCCUUCUGCGAACUGAAUCGGACAAUGCACUUGCCGACCUCGAGAAAACGCUUAAGCGAGCCGUUAGAAAGUCGGGUCUUUAUAUAAGUGAGAACCGCGAAAUGCAUUCCCAUGUUCUUGCAAUGGAGCAUGAACUACAAAUUAUCACAAAUCAAAAUCAAGAGCUUCAAAAGGGCGCUCUAAACAUCGGAAGGGAUCAUUCAUUGCUGGAAAACGAAUACCAAAAGUUUCGAAACCAUUUGUUACUGCACCUCAAUAAAGUAUUUGACGUCUUCGAGAAGGUCCUACAAAAACAUUCCAUAAACCAAGCCAAGGGUAAGCUUAAGGCACUGGAAGAUUUUAGCGCUAAUGACAAUCACAGAGUCUCACAUGCUAAGCUAGAGUCACUUUAUGUCUUCAUCGAAACCGCCGUCAAUACGAUAGUUGAAGAGCACGCCAAGAUAUUGUUAAAAGAAAAGGAAAAAAGGUCCUCGCGUUUGCCAUCGCAAGAAGAGGAUCCUAACAAGAAUUCAAGUUUGCGGAUCGAGUUUCUGGAGCGUAAAUGGGUAGCAGAACGUGAAAGGAGAAAAUUGGAUGCCGCUGCUGCGGAAUACAGAAUUUUACGCCUGGAGGAUGAAAACAAGAAAUUGAGGCAACGUCUGAGGCAGAGUUUUCAGGACGAACAUUAA